AUUAGAUUUUGCUGCUUGUGGGGUUCCAGCUGAAAUGGCUGCACAUAAAAUUGCACACGCUACCUUGAAAGGACCCAAUGUGGUUAAGGAGAUCUGCAUAGGCCUUGCACUGGGUCUCUUUGCUGGAAGCCUGUGGAAGAUGCAUCACUGGAACGAGCAGAGGAAGACAAGAACAUUCUAUGACAUGCUAGAGAAGGGUGAAAUCAGUGUUGUCGUUGAAGAGUAGCUGCUUCAGUUGUGCUGUGUGCGGUGAUUCUUGCUUUGGUAUCUUGUACAAUCUAAUAACAUGGUUGUUUGAGUUAGCUUGCACUGUUAUCAGUUCAUGUUAAUGAGCUCAGUUACUGAGAGUUGGCAACACUAUUCAUGUCUUCUUUGAUACAAAACACUAUUCAUGCCUUUCAGAAGAUAUCUUAUGUAGUUGUGUGUUAUUAUACCUAUACUUUGGAAUCAGGUGUAACAUCUUAUUUUGGGUAAGAAAAUGGGAUGAACUUGCAGCCACAGUCCCCACACUUUAUUUUGAUAUUCAA